UUGGAUUUAACGUGUCGUAUCUCUUUAACUUUUCUUCAACUUUCCCAUAAAGACAACGUUCCACCUCUAUAAAAAUCGAGUUGUCGCCCUAUCCGCUCUUUUAGCCAGCCAGCCAACCAGCCUAGCGUUUUUAGGGACUUUUAGGAACUAUCCCACCAAUAUCCUCAAGUAUGGCCGUAGACCAGGUGCUACCACACCUUGCAGAGCUGCCCUCUAUUAGCCCUCGCGAGAAGGAACCAAUAGAGGUUUCGACGCAGGAGGUUGAGGCACCUCUAAGCGAUAGCAUUGCCGAAUCCAUACGCGACGAACACUUCCUAGUCCAGUCGCCAUACACCGAGCAAGAACACCUGCUCGACUUGAGAACUCUAGAUGCCGAGAGCGCGCUGCUUGCUCAGGCCCUCACUCGGAUGAGGAGCUUACGGCCAGAUUAUGCCACCGCGGGCUAUGCCGAGACUUUCAACUGGAACGAGAUUAUCGAGGAAUUAACGCGACUCGUACGAGAACGCGGCCACAAGUGGAGGGAAACUUCCUUCUUCAUUGUAGCUUUCCGGUCACAGAUUCCACCGACAACUGUGUACGAGGAUCUGGGGGCCCUGGAUAAGGUAGCACACGCCGAAGCGAUAGCCAGUGGUGGCUUUUUGAAAUAUUGGUUCGGGCGUCCCGAUAAGGACGGCAGAAACCUUGCUACCUGCGUGUGGAGGUCGCAGGAAGAAGCUAUCAAGGGAGGAGUCGGACGUGGACAUCGCAAAGCAGCGGCGGCCACCCGGUCGUUGUACUCGCAUUGGAAAAUUGACCGGCAUAGGCUUAUCAUCCGGGAAGACGUGCAGAGCUGGGAGAUUAUUGACUGGGAGUGAGGACG